AGGAACUCUAUUGCAGUAUCCCUCAGUUUUUACCUCAGAUCAGACAAGAGCAGCAUCACAUAUUAUCUGAAAGGCAUUUGUAACAACAGAGAGCCUCUAACAGAAGUAGGAAUUAUAUGAUGGAGCUACAUACAUCUUGUGUGGAAAAUUCUAGUUGUGGCAUGCUUCUCCGCCCAGCCCCCUUGUAACGACAAGCAGCAAAAGAGGAGGAGUAGACUGAGAAGGGAGCGCCUGGGAAAUCUCAACUCCAGCAUCGUUCUCUGGCAUAGUUGUGGACAAACUUCAGGAGAAGGCCUGCAGAUGAUAGGAUGCAGCAGCUAGCCAGUGAGGGACUGAGCCCAACCUGAGUACCAUCCUGUCCUCUCACCCUUGCCUUCCCACAAUGCCCUGCCCUUGCCGUGGGAAACUGAAGCUUUUGGUUGCAUCUGUGACGUUUGUGUUGCUUCUGACAUGGCUGUACCUCUUUGUGGGGAACUUAGAGAAUGGGCGGUCCUUACUGCUCUCCCCCUGCCUAGCUGACCAGUCGGAGCCACGUUACCUGGACCGCUAUGUGCUGGAGUCACGGGUGCGAGAGAUGGAGGAGGAAAAUCAGCAGCUGCGGCAGCAACUCAGCCAAUCACCAGGAGCGGCGCCGCUGGCCCAAGAGGGGAACUACGGCAACCAGCAGUGGGUAGCGUCAGCAGAUACAGGUGCAGAGGAUGGAGAAAACACAGCAGAGGAGGGGGGCAACCACACGGAGUGUGUCCGACAACCCAUGGUAGAGAGGUGUGAGCUUAUUCAUGUGGCGUGCGUGUGUGCUGGUCACAACGCCAGUCGAGAUGUGGUCACCUUGGUCAAGUCCAUUCUGUUCCACAGGAGAAACCCCCUCCACUUCCACUUCAUCACUGAUGCGGUGGCCCAUCAGAUUCUCAGCUCCCUCUUUCAGUCUUGGAUGGUGCCGUCCGUGCAGGUCAGCUUCUAUGACGCAGAUGAGCUUAAGUCAGAGGUAGCCUGGAUCCCUAAUAAGCACUACUCAGGGAUAUAUGGCUUGAUGAAACUGACCUUGACCAAAGCGCUCUCCUCUGACCUCACUAAAGUCAUUGUCUUGGACACGGACAUCACCUUCGCCACUGACAUUGCUGAGCUCUGGGCCAUCUUCCGGAAGUUCACAGACAAGCAGGUGAUUGGAUUGGUGGAAAACCAGAGUGACUGGUACCUGGGAAAUCUCUGGAAGAAUCACAAACCUUGGCCAGCCCUAGGACGAGGGUUCAAUACAGGGGUCAUCCUCCUCCUCCUCGAACGAUUGCGCCGGAUUGGCUGGGAGCAGAUGUGGAGGUUGACUGCAGAGAGAGAGCUCAUGAGCAUGCUUUCCACUUCAUUAGCUGACCAGGACAUUUUCAAUGCAUUCAUAAAGCAGAACCCAGUCCUAGUGCAUCAGCUUCCCUGCUUCUGGAACGUCCAGCUAUCUGACCAUACUCGCUCAGAGCAGUGCUACACUGAAGUGUCUGACCUCAAGGUCAUCCACUGGAACUCCCCCAAGAAGCUGCGGGUGAAGAACAAGCAUGUAGAAUUCUUCCGAAACCUCUACCUGACCUUCCUGGAGUAUGAUGGCAACCUGUUACGCAGAGAGCUCUUUGGAUGCCCCAGCCAGCCGAGCUCUGAGAGUAUCCGCUUACAACGUGCCCUCGAAGAGCUGGAUGAAGAUGACCAGUGCUAUGAUUUCCGCAGGGAGCGGAUCACAGUCCACCGGAUGCACCUCUACUUCCUGCAGUAUGAGUACACCCCCAUGGAUGAUGGCACCGAUGUCACCCUGGUUGCACAGCUCUCCAUGGACAGGCUGCAGAUGCUGGAAGCCAUCUGCAAUCACUGGGAGGGCCCCAUCAGCCUCGCUCUCUACAUGUCUGAUGCUGAGGCGCAGCAGUUCCUGCGCUAUGCCCAAGCUUCAGAGGUACUGAAGAACCGCAAGAACGUGGGCUACCACAUUGUCUACAAGGAGGGCCAGUUCUACCCUGUCAACCUGCUGCGCAAUGUGGCCCUCCGCAACGCUAACACGCCCUACGUGUUCCUGACUGAUGUGGACUUCCUGCCCAUGUAUGGCCUGUAUGAUUACCUCAGAAAAUCCAUAAUCCAGCUGGACAUGGCCAACACGAAGAAGGCACUGGUGGUGCCUGCCUUUGAGACCCUGCGCUAUCGCCUUUCGUUCCCAAAAUCCAAAGCUGAGCUACUCUCUAUGCUGGACAUGGGGACCCUCUACACUUUCAGGUACCAUGUGUGGACCAAGGGCCAUGCACCAACAAACUACGCCAAGUGGAGGACAGCCACCAUGCCCUAUAAGGUGGAGUGGGAGUCAGACUUUGAGCCCUAUGUGGUGGUGAGACGAGAUUGUCCCGAGUAUGACCAGAGGUUUGUGGGUUUUGGCUGGAACAAAGUCUCCCACAUUAUGGAGCUUGAUGCACAGGAGUAUGACCUGAUGGUUCUGCCCAAUGCCUUCAUGAUCCACAUGCCCCACGCACCCAGCUUUGACAUCUCCAAGUUCCGCUCCAGCUCCAGCUACCGAUAUUGUUUGACCACACUCAAAGAUGAGUUUCACCAAGACCUGUCCAGAAAGUAUGGUGCUGCUGCUCUGAAGUACCUUACUGCUGAGAGGAACAUCUAAAUGAGGGCAUUGCAGGCCUUCAUAUCUCUCUGCGGUGGAAAAGGUGUUGAUGGAUACAAAACAUCUCAGCUGUGGUCUGAUGUCACUCCUGAAGUCAGGAAAUUUGGUUUGAGGAGGGGGGUUCAUGACACUAUAGGACUGCAGAAAAUAUAGUUAUUGGUUACUCCCUUUUCCUCUGCCAUGUACUCUACUUGACAGUUUCUGGAUUCUAGCACCGAGUAACAUAAGAUUAUGGCAAUUUGUGACCAAAACUGUCCGCUUUAGAGCAGAGAGACUUCAAUAACCAAAAAGAUUGGAUUUUUGGUGAGCUUUUGCUUUAAGGAUUGAGGAUUAUAAUAUUCCUUUUGAAAAGCUGAGCUUUUUUCUGAAAAAAAAAAAAGUGAAUCCACAACUGUUGAUUAGUACUGUCACUGGAUCCGAACUUGCAAUUGAACUGUGAAAUGAAUGGUACAGUAUAACAAGCUGGAACGAAAGUGCUGGACAGCACCUGAGUAUGUUAACUCAGCCUCCCCUGGAAUCUUCACGAGACCAAAUUAAAUCACACGAGAGUGGACAAGUCAUCAGAACUGGAGACACAUUUAGGCUUGAUAUUUUCCUUGAUAUUUAAAAUAUUUAAAAUAUUUUCUUUUUUUAUGUAAAUGAUUACUUAAAAUACGUUUUAGAUUAUGCUGUCACAUACAAAUUGCAUUAUUUUUAUUUCUAUAUUUUCCCCUCAGAGGAGAGAAAUUUUAUUGGUUAUAUUUAAUAGAAUGAGUGUUUGUGAGAAAUGCUGAAUGAUUUUCAAUUGCUUAUGAUACAUUGUUCCAUUUGGUCAGAAUGAGCAUGUGGGAUAACUUGGACCCUCCGUUACACUUGUGCAGUUACUGAGUGAUAGUGUGGCUUUAGUGUUUGUUUCAUUGAACAUCAGACCUGAUUUUCAUUGAAUUAUCAGUUAUGUUUGAUUUUCUUUUCCAGUACACAUGCUUAAAAGCCUGUUAUUUGUGCCAAGUCACAAUCUCUAUGUUAUACUGUAUGUGCCAUCUACUUGACCCCUCCACCAUGCUCCAUUCUCUUGUCAUUGUUGGGCAAAGCACUGCCUUGACACAAUCUAGGAAUCUACUCUUCAGAAAUCCUGACAGAGGAAGUAUAUAUGAGGGACAAUCCACAGUAGCUUGAGUAGGACAUAACUUUAUGAAGCCAGGGAAAUAGAGUGAAAAACAUUAUUGUUAACAUACACCUAGACACCCCCACUCCCACCCCAACCAAGUCAUUCUCUUCUCCCUAUCACCCCCUGCCUGUGCGGUAAAUGCUAGUGCCUUUGCUGUAUUGUGAAACUGGGUAUUGAUUGUAUCACUAUAUAGAGCCUUGGAAAUAUCAGGCUCUCUAUUUAUUAUUGUUGACUUAAAUCGAUCAUAUUUUUCUAUAUUGGGGAAAAGUGCUUUAAAUAA